UUAUCAGCUUCAAAUACAUGGUAUUUUCUGCAGAACUUUGUGUUGAGCACAAAAUUAAGGUUUAGAAAUGCAUUUGGUUGCUAUGUGCAAAAGUUGGCCUUUCCUGUAUUAUUAAUGCAUUUAAAUAAGCAAAUGGUUAAGUAAGAAAAAAAACAAAAACUCAAAGUUCGCGUUUCACGCUGUAAGUGGCCUGCCAAGUGUGGCUAGAUUCCCUUUUAAAAUCAAAUGAACACAAUGCAUCUCCCAGAGCCCUGUAGUAUGAAUGCUAAAAGGAUUAAAGCUAGUCAGAUCACACCGCUUUAUUUUGCUCUUUACAAGGGCCGUGUUAAAUCCAAGACUUUAUACCCUUUGUUUGCACAGAUAUGGCUACAUGGCAGGAAAUUACAUAAUUUAACCUCUGCCAUGAAGUAAAAUACUGCUUUGUGUUCUGCUUUGGAUUCAAAUACGCAAAGAACUGUGUUUUCUCCCAUUCUUUCCUACUGAAAUCUUUUUCAUUAAAAAGCAACAAUAUACAAAAACGGUUAAAAGAACACUAUAAAAAUAACAUAAAUAUUUAAGUGGAAACAGCUUUGUAGUAACUGCUUGAGAAGAGGCAUUUGACCCACACACUCCUUUCUUAGCACUGCGGCACUGUUUGAAGGUGAAAGAAAAUCAGGGGCUAUUGUACUAUUGCUUAUUAUGGGACUCUCAAAGCUGUAAACAAUCUGGACAGAAGGGGAAUAGAAUGAACAGUGUAAAUAAGAAAUCACCAUAAAGAGUAAAGAGCUCGGUAGGUUUUAAAGAUGAGUUACUAUUAACCACUUGAAAUCUUUUAAGAGAGAUAAAAUCUUUUAAAAUGCACUUGGAAUGCUCUGUAGCCAUUCUGUGGCCGUUCUUAGAAGAGAUGGCAGAACUUUCUGAAGAGAAAGAAGUAGUACUGUAUGAUGCAAAGUUUGCAGACAAAUAAGCCUGGCUCUUUCUGUUUUAAUGGAAUGAAUGUGAAGCAUCAAGAUGAGGGGCUAUGAUCUGAUUUCUAUCAUUUUUAAAUUGGCUUUAACUUUUGAAUCUCCUGACCCUACCAAAACCAUGCUGCCAGCAGUUCACCCAGGGCCAGACAGCAGCUCUGAGGUACUGCUGGACGUGUUCUGAUUUCCACUUCAUCAGCCUUUCCAUCAGAGAUAACGUGCUGUUAGCAUCGAGGAGAAAAGCCAUGUGCAAGCAAUUAUUUUGAAAUGGAAUCCAUCUAGUGUAAAACCUGCUGACACGCAAUAGCCCCAGCAUUGCCAGGGAAGCAGAUGUUACAGAUGGAAAACAACUCAAUGAGUAGCUCCGCUCAAUUUCCUGCCGUUGCAGGUGUCUCUUCUGCCAACAUAUUUGUUAAGGCACCAUUCAUGUUAGUGUUAAAUAUUUCAGUGAGGUCUAGUGGAAACCUCUGGGCAAUUACUCCACUGUUCAGAUGUAUCAAAUCAGUGAAGUCUAAAGUACUUAUCAGUUCUAUCUUGUCCUCCCUGUCCAAACUAUGGGCUAAUUUUAUCUUUUAUCUCACACUGGUUUUUGUGAUUUUCUAUGAAAGAAAUGUUCUUUUUCUUUUUUUUGUACUAAACCAACACAUUACUAUUUUGUGUGUCAGCUCACCAUGCAUAACAGAAGAGGUUUGAUUCAGAUUUCCCUCUUCUUGGCCUUUCGUCUUCAUGUUUGGCCUGCAGAGGAAAAGCAUCUUCCAGCAAAGUUAGCAACACAAAUUAUUCAGCUUUCUUUAACAUGUAGUUCAUAAUCUUUCUGCCUUUGCAGCUUCUCCUGGUAAUAAAGUACAGCCCCUGGAAUACAGCAUUAUUCUUUCUUUGAAUGGGGAAAAAGUGAUUGAUAUUCUCUUUUUUCAUAGCAAAAGAAGAAAGAACAUUCAGAAAGAGCAUAUACAUUUAUUAGAAAAAUAAAUGGUGAUCCUACAAAAUAGUGGUAACACAUACUCCUGCCCCAUUUACAAAUAAAGCACAAACGAGGACAGCAGGGAGAAGGCUGCUGGAAGGACAGAAGAGGCUGUAUUUAAACAGUUGUGUUUGCUUUUCUGUAGGAAAAAAAAUAUCUCAGAGAGCUCUUUUCUGCCAGAACACUGGCACUUUGCAAAUGCUGCCAACACACCCUGUGAGCAAGCCAGCUGACAUCAGCUGACCAAGAACAUGGUGGGACUUUGGACACUUUAUCCAUUCCUCUUCAAACAGAUGUUUUUUUGUCUGGGCUGUUUGAACAGGACAAGCCCAUGAGUAAAUGCAGAAGCCUACUUAAGGAAGAUGUGUUGCAAGUCAAUGUGAUUUAAGUCAUAUAGCACCACAGUAACGGGAAUUACGUACCUGAGCUUAAGGUCAGACCAGGUUUGCAACCUCUCUCUCAAAUGAAAUGGGGUUUUUACUAUAUUGGAUAUGUUGUGUGGUAAAUGCACUCCUGGCAAAAGGGAAUACCAUUCCCAUUGCUGCCUGGAGCUUCACCAUCAGCAUUUGCUAGUGGGAACCCAAGAGGACGUGACCUGUCAGGCAUUUCCAUUGGAGAUGGCCAAUUCAGCCUGGUUGCCCAUAACACUGUGAAACCCUGGGCCCUUUUCUGCAGAGUCGCUUUGCAGCUGUGAGGCCCCAGCACGCCCUGGUGCCUGUAGUAUCUCCUUCCCAGGUGCAGGACUCUGCAAUUCUCUUUGUUGAACUAUCUUUUAAAACUUUUCCGUGGUAGAUUUUGCACAAUAGAUGAAUUGUAAGGUGUGUUUAUGCAAAUUCCAAUGAGCUAAACCUGCCUGGGUGCUGUUAUUCUGGCUCUUUAUGCAAGCUAUUCCUGCCCUAGUGAAAAAGCAACUGUCCUUAGAGGUAGAGGAACAAUGAAAGCCACCACCCUGUGGAGAUGGCUUCCCAGUAUCUUUCAGCAGUCAUCAGGCAUUUUCAAAGAACAAGUAUUGAGCAAAUCAGAGCAUUUCUAGACCAGGCUGGUGGCUGGCAGUGUCUGGAGCUGAAGUGGCAAAGAGAUGAGAUAACGACCCUCUGGCCUGCUCAUUGCUUUUGUGGUAGAACUUCUCAAAUUUUUUGAAGGCCUCACCUCUGAGGAAGAAAGAAGCUUACUAUGAUAUUUUCUUGCAUUGUCAUUUUUGAGAACUGGAACUGCUAUUUGCCAAUCUAAGGAAGAGCUGUACCAUGACCCACAGCAGCUUGCUGACCUGGAUGAAAGCAAACCCUGCAAACAAAAACUGCAGAUCCCAUUAGCGUCAUUGAGUAGACCCUGUGCAAUCAUCCCACCAGAACCAAACCACUUGCACCCAGUGCUGCCCAGACACCUCACGAAAGAGAGCAAGGCCUUCCCUGCCCUUUUCUCCCUGCAUAAAGGCAACAACAAAUCCCAGGGCUGCCUCCCUGGCAGGGGGUGCGCUGCUGUCCCACAGCCAAGCAUGCACCGAGGGACUUGAGACUGAAAAACGACUCAGAAACAGAACCUCUGCUUGUAUUGUUCUCCACUGUGGCAAGUUCACACCUGUAUCUCAACACUAUUCUUUCUUUUACCACACUUCUGGACUCAAAGGACACCGAUUUUGUAGAAAAAAAGAUCAGACCAAAGUCAGGACAGAGAUGUGUUCCUGUCUCUAUAUGAGAAGCCUGCUGAACAAAUUAGGACAUUUAUUGGAGCAGACAAAAACUGUGGCCUUUCACGUUACUCGAACAAAAGGCCAUUCUGGUCUGGGCCCAGCUGUAAUAUAAAAGAACUAUACUCAUGAGAAUUCAGUUCUUGGAAAAUCGGAUCCUCACCAGUGCACUGCAAAUGUGUUUGAACCAUUCCUGUUUCCCAGGAUAAUGGCCGUGUAAUUAGGCUAACCCUUUCACACUUUCUCUUUUAACCCAUUAGAUUUAUUUACCAAAAAUCAUUGCAUAGAUAUGCCCAGUAACUAUCUUAGAGAUCUGUUUGAAACUAGAUAAAGCUUAAACAUGGAGGUUCUCUCUUCAUCGCAUCCCGGCUUCCAUUAAAACUGUAAGUUCCUCAGACAUCAUGUCCUGCAGCCCCCCAUAAAUUCUCUGCCUGACACCCUGAAUGCACCAUGGAGGCUCUAAUACACAUUACCUAAAAAGAGCUACUAUAAAAUUCCUGACCUUUUCUUGUUUGUGUGACAAAGGGAGAAUGGCAACUCUACCAAUCAGACCAGAUAAUCACUCUCCUGUGAAAAGCCUACAAUCCACAUCCUCUGUUUUCUUCUUAGCUGAACUUCCAUUGCAUUUGCUCAAUAAUUUUUUUUUUAUGUGUGAAGUCCAUAAAUCACCCUCCAAUACACAUAGGACAAGGGAGAGAUUUCAUCCUGGUAGUUCAGAUAUCAGCUGCAGGAGAAGUCGCAUCUGGAUCCAGAAGUGCUGGGUGCUGUGGUGUCCUCAGGCAUUGUCAUCUCUCGCAUGGACUUUUAUUUGAGCAGCCCUCACUAUACAGCAGGACCAAUCACUUGAGUAAAGAUGAAAUGGACAGAUAAAGGUUUCACAACAUUUUCUUCAAAAGGUUCAAAAGGCAGAACAGGCAGUACAGGAGGUGCUCAGUCAGGUUCUCUUGGAAGCUUUGCCCUCCUCCUUCUCCAGUAAGGCUGCCUCAGCUCACGCUGCCUUUGGUGGGAGAUGAACCACAUGGGGGGCUUUUGUAAGAGCUCAGUACUUUGGGUCCUGCAGCCACGCUUUUCUCAGGACACAGCAUUCAGCCUGGACACUGAGUGAAAAUGGAUUGGUUCUUUCUCAUUCACAGUGACAGAAGUCAUCCACAGAUCUGUUGAUAAUGAUGAAGGCAUUUUGUGCUUAUGCUCCAGACAUCCCGUGCUUGUUCCUGCUGGAGGACAAGAAUCUGCCCCAAAAGCUGAGCUCCUUAAGACUUUCAUUGUUCAAGUUUUAUUUUUUCAAUUAUCUUCUCCUGUUAUUGGUUUUAAAAACAAACUUCCGUGCCUUAUGCCAGCAAAUGCCAAGGAAGCCAAGGAUGUGAGCUUCAGGUUUGAAGAUUGCUUCAAGGCAAAAAGCAGUCCCCUCCACCCAGCCUCCCUUCACCUUUGCUCUGCAGAGCCAGCUCUCUUUUGUUUUUUUUUGACACUGUUCAGAACAUCAACACUCGUUAUUGGGGUUGUGGAGAAGCAGAGUGGUUUCUUGUGUUCACUGAGAGAUUAUCUGCCUGUAUGUAAAGCCAUCUUCUUUUAAGCACAGGCAUUAUUGAGCCCACAUCUAAAAUGCCAGUAUUGUGCCUCUUCCACCUACCACCCUGUGACCCAUGAACGAUGUAAAAGGCCAUAACCUAUCCAACCACUAUGAUUCACCUGGUACAUCUAUUCAGAGAUCAUAGUGGGACCUGCCCUCCCACCUCCGAUAUUUUAAGUUAUUUUGUAAUGCCUGCCAUAAAGGUGGACGCUCUGCUGGAGCUUUAUUCUCCUGACAGAUAUUGGCUGCUUCAGGCAGCAACUCCAUGGACAUGUUUCCUGCCUGCGUAGGAGACGCUGCUCACUCAGAGGGUAUUUUGGGCAGAAGUUUACAGGGAGUUAAAAGAGCAGGGAAAUAUCUUCCCGGUGCAGGAAUCUGGGAGCUCCCCUAAACCCCCUGUGUCAGCUUGGUGGUGCGCAGAGGUGUUAAACUGGCAUGUAUCUAUCGAGGCAGGGGUGAGCCUUUUAAGUCCCCUGCUUCAUCCCCACUUGUGGAAUUUGUUGUGCCAGUGGGAUGAGGCUGGCUAUAAAACCUCUGUCCCACUCUGCAGCCAGCGAGUGCACCGCAGCCCUGCUGACAUCCCCGUUCCCCCCUGCAAACCACCGAUAGGCCAGGAUGGAGGCAAGCUUCACUCGGAUGCUCUACGCUCUCUGUCUGGCUGCCAUGGCCUGUGCCUUCACCCAGGAAGAGUUCAAGGAUGCGAUGCUGAAGCAGCUGGGGCUCUCUGAAGUCCCUAAGCUUCAUAAGAGAGACCUGGUGGAUCUGGUCAUCCCCGAGCAUGUGAAGAACAAGUACAUUUCCAUGCUGAAGCGGCACAGGGGGAAGCGCCGUGCCUCACCCAGCUUGGCCAGCAUCCUGCAGGGGAUCCCAGGCAAUGCAGAAGUCUUCUAUUCUGACCCCAUGCGCCAGAACUUCAUCUUUGACAUGGAGGGGAGAAUACCAAAAAACAGUGAAGUGACAAUGGCCGAGCUGAAGCUUUUCAAGAAGCCCCUGGACAGGGCGAACUUGCCAGCCAGGCAGCCCCAUCGGCCUGUCUCCAAUGCCAGGGUCAGCAUCUACUGGGUGCAGCGACAGCACGAUGGCACAAACAGGACCUCGCUGAUCGAUUCCCGGCUGGUUCCCAUAAGAGAGUCGGGCUGGAAGAACUUUGACGUGACACAGGCUGUGCACUACUGGCUGCGGAACAAGAGGCGGGAGCCAAUGGUCCUGCAGGUCUGGAUCGAAGGGGAAAGGGUGGGCAGCUACGCUGCAGAGGUUGCCAAAGCCGUGCGCUUCACCUCACAGGAUGCUGGGGACAGAGCCGUGGGCAGACCCGAGCUGGUGCUUUACACCCUUGACUUGGAGGACUAUGGGGGCCCUGGAGACUGCAAGGAUGGUGUGCAGGCAGGGAAGUCCACCUGCUGCCGGCAGAAGCACUACAUCAACUUCCGUGAGCUCUCCUGGACACAGUACUGGGUCAUCGAGCCAGCAGGGUACCAGGCUUACAGCUGCCGGGGGGGCUGCCUGCAGCUUCCCAGCCCACUGCAGCGCUGGGGAGCCAGGGAGCGUGCCUGCGCUGUGGCUGAGAGCUCCCCGCUCCCCGUCAUGUACCUGGUCCGGAGGGACAACCGCACAGAGAUUGAGGCGACUGAGUUUCCCAACAUGAUCAUUGAGAAGUGCAGCUGCAUGGCAGACGGUGCAGCACUUCUGUGAGGGACAGACUUAGGGGAGUAAGGGGGUGCUGGUAGGCCUGGAGGAGGUGCAUCUCUCUGGGUUUGGUGUGGCUGCCUCUGGGUUAUUUCAGUCCCUGCCCCAGGGCACUGUAAGCAGCUGCAGGUGACAGGCAAGGACAGUGAUCGCAGCCAGGUGCAGAAAUCAAGCCUGGGUUCAGCUUUUAGUUCCUUGGUUCCCAGUGCUUUGUGCAUUUUGGUCCUUGUCUGCCUAAGUUGUGUUUACUGUGGACGGCAGAGCAAAAGCACUUACAUGUAUAUGUAGUAUACACACAUAUGCACAUGUAUCACAAAUACAUGCGCAUAUGUACAUAUUGUAUACAUGCAUAUUGUAUAUAUAUGUAUUUUCUACAUACAUACAUAUAUGUACAUAGAAAGUUGCUUAGAGCUUAAAUGAAUGUAUAUAUGUAAGUAUGCAUUGUAUGCAUAUAUAUGUGGAUAUACACGUACAUACAGUAUUGUCCAGAACCCAAAGGACAGUAUUGUUGUAACCAAAGGGUUUGGCACAGUUUUAAGCAGAAUUUAGAGUUCUGAAGCCAAUGGACAUAUUGGGACUUAGGCUUGCUUGCACAAAUAAUGGUUCGUAGAAUCAGGUUCUCAUUUUUCUGAUCGUGUAUUACAGUUUUUUUCAAUUUAGAGCUAUUUUUCUGGUCUUAAUUGCUUUCAAAAUUAAGUAAACAAUAAAAUAUGAUUAUUAAAAUAGCCAUGAGUUUGCUUAUAAUUAUUCCUAGGUGUAAGAGUGGAGAAAAAAAAAUCUGUAACAUUUCUGACUGUAUCCCAGUGUCCAGCUCCUUCAUGCACACACCAAGCAACAGCCCUUCUUUGCCAUGUCUGUGUCUCUGCCUGCUCAUGAUAAAGAUUAUCUGCUCACGCAGGCAGGGGCAGGGCUGAAUCAGGGAGGAGCACACACCACUGGUGCUUUUCUCCACGUGAUGACAGGCGUAAUCUUUUGAACAAUGUAGAAUCAUAGAAAAUGCUCCUUGAACUCUGGCACUGGGGCCAUGCCCACUGCCCUCUGGUGCAGCACCUGUCCCCGACCCCCAGCUGCCCCUCCCCUGACACAGC